AUGGGGCAGAGACCAAGUGCCAAAAGUGUUAGGAACUUUGUUAUAUUUCUGUUGAUUUUACAAAACUGCGGCCGGGCACGCACCCAGCGGUCGGCGGACAAGCAGGCCGAGCAGGCGGGGCGUGAUGGAUUAGCAAAGUUGGAGUUUAGUGCCCAAAGCGUCCAUCGGACUGGAGCGGUGGAAGAGGAAGCUCUCUAUGUUUUUAAUUUUGCAAAAAUAUACGAAACUUUAUACGGGUAUGCGCGAUUGCUUCAGGCCAAAUCCAACCACUCAUCCGAGAUCCAACAGAAUGAAGGGCGUACUUUGCUCUGGCAGCCACAGCUCCAGUCCCCCGACAGACGGGUCAGUAGGAAGCCCUUCCAUGUGCUGGAGCAACUGCAGCAGGACUUGGGCGACAAGCUGAAACGGACCACUACAGUGAAGCCUUUCAGUGUGCUGCGAAAACUGGCCCUGGAGCAGCAGAAGCAGGUCAUGCAGCUCCAAAGGAAGUCCAAUGCCAGCUUCCACAUCCUCGAGGCUCUGGACAUGGAUCAGGAGGUUCUUGACAGAAAAACCACUACGACAAAGCCCUUCCAUGUUCUGCAACAGCUGAGCGAAGAUCUUGAGGAGGCGUACAGGCACACCACAACGAUGAAGCCCUUCCACAUCGUGAAUGCUCUUAUGGAGGAGUCAGCAAAGAAACAAGACCAUCACCCAGAAGAUGAGGCAGAAGAGGAAGAGGGCUUUGAGGUGCUGGAGCCCAUCGUUGGGGAGGUCGAGCCGAAGCCGCAGCACAAGGACUUGCUCAAAGACCAGCACAAGGGCGUGCCCCAGGAGCAGGGUCGGGCCAAGGACAGUCAGAAGAGAAAGCGAAAGAGAAUUCGCCGCCGAAGAAAGAGAAUUCGCCGACGCCGCAAGCGGACACGACGUCGUCGUCGGAAGAAGCGCAAGAAGAGACGCAAAAAGCGGAAGAAGAACAAAGGCGACAAGGGUGAUAAGAAGAAGAAAAGAAAGAAAAAGGGAAAGCGCAAGCGGAAGAGGAAGAAGCAGAAGCCGGAGCCAACCGAAUCCCCUGUAUUGGGCCUCUUCCAGCCGGGUCAUGUGAUCUUCGCAAAUCCCACCAAACAGCCCCACUACUACCACCAUCCACAUCACGGUGGAUAUCCCUCCUAUCCCCAUCCCCAUCAGACCCCAUCCAUGGCAGUAUCCACUGCCCUGUUGGCCACCCUUACCACUACAAAGCCUCCGACGACCACCCAUCGUCCCUUCAGCAAGAUUAAGUAUCUCCUGCGGCACAACAGCCUUUUCAAGAAAAAGAAAAAGGAGUACCUCAGCCAUGUGGGACAGGUGCUCUAUCCGUUCGUCAAGUUCGUGGCCUUCUUCACGGUUCUCAAUCCCUUCACCCUGGGCGUCUUUCUCUUCACGCUCGUCUCUCCAGUGGUCUUUGGCUUCCUGGGCUUUGUGGCCCUGAGUGUGCUGGUGAAACCAUUCCUCAAUCUGGUCUUCGGAGUUAAGCAAAAUGUGGAUGCCUUCGAUCGAAAGCGUUUUCUGGCCAACAAGAGGGCUGAAAGACUGAAGCUCGGCCUUCGUCCCGUCACCAUUCACAAACAUUACUACCAGCAGAAGCCCGUGCACUCCGCGCCACCAUUAAAUCUGCGUCCUGUAGGUCACUGGCGCCGGCAAUGGGGAAAUUUGCAGCCACCGCCCCGGCCUUCACUCUCACCACCAUCCACACCACCAGCACCACCCACACGAACUAUGAAGCAACAUUUCAAUCCCUUACUGCCGGACCACCGCGAGGCCCUUGAUAUGGACUAUGACUAUGUCUAA